AGUUCAGUCUUCGGACUGGAUGGAGUAUAAAAGAGAGAGAAAAUCGACAGAAGGGCACCACUUGCUGUCUGUAUUUCCAGAGCAACUCUUCUCGCAACAAUGGCUUCUUUCAAGAUCGUCCUCCUCCUCAGCGUGCUCGCUUUUGCAUGCGCUUACAAGCCUGGAACCACCACCACCACUGUCACCACCACCGUCACCACCGUCUCUGCUGAUGAAGGAGAUGAAGGAAUCCUGAGCUCUCACGACCGCAGUGUCAUCCGCAAGACCUGGGACCAAGCCAAGAAGGACGGUGAUGUCGCUCCCCAAGUUCUUUACCGCUUCGUCACUGCCCACCCCGAAUACCAAAAGAUGUUCAGCAAGUUCGCCACUGUUCCCCAGAACGAACUUUUGGGCAACGGAAACUUCUUGGCCCAGGCUUACACCAUUUUGGCCGGUUUGAACGUCGUCGUCCAGUCCCUGUCCAGCCAGGAACUUUUGGCCAACCAAUUGAACGCUCUCGGCGGAGCUCACCAGGCCCGUGGAGCCACCCCCAUCAUGUUCGAGCAAUUCGGCGAAAUCUUGACCGGAGUUCUUGCUGAGGAGCUCGGCAGCGCUUUCAACGCUGAGGCCCAGAGCGCCUGGAAGAGUGGACUCGCCGCUUUGGUUGCCGGAAUCUCCAAAACCCUCAAGAAAUCGGAAGAUUUGGUCGAUCCCCAAACCAAAUUGUCCCCUCACCAGAUCCGUGACGUUCAGAGGACUUGGGAGAACAUCCGUGGUGAUCGCAACGCAAUGGUCUCAUCCAUCUUCGUCAAGCUCUUCAAGGAGACUCCCCGUGUCCAGAAAUUCUUCACCAAGUUCGCCAAUGUCGCUGUUGACGCUUUGGCUGGUAAUGCUGAUUACGAGAAGCAAGUCGCUUUGGUCGCCGACCGUCUGGACACCAUGAUCGCUGCCAUGGACGACAAACUGCAACUUUUGGGCAACGUCAACUACAUGCGCUACACCCACGCCGCCCGUAGCAUUCCCCGUGGACCUUGGGAGGACUUCGGCCGCCUUCUCCUUGAUGUUCUCUCCGCUAAGGGUGUUGCUUCUGACGAUUUGGACUCAUGGAAGGGUGUUUUGGCCGUUUUCGCCAACGGAAUUUCUCCCAAGAACUAAAUUACUUUUUGUUUAAGAACCGAAAA